AGAAAACAGACGGUAGCUCACACUGAAGUUUCGGAAGAUGUAUGAAAGUGAAGUGGAUUGCCCACUGUCAAGAUUGCAGGCGGAUAGCUGUUGUUGACUAGAAAAACAGUCUUUUAGGUUUAAUAAACAACAAUAAAACUAAAUAAGCUGAAAUAAGUAGUGUUAAAGGUGGCGGUAUGGAGGAAUACAGCACCACUGUGAGGACAUCCGGAUUCGUUUUGAGUUCAUUAAUGUUUCAGCAUCUGAACAGUGACUGUGAUGUGGAGGGAUUAUUACUCGGCGAGAGUGUCGGAGAGGAGAAGAACAAAAUCACUGACUCGCAGACGGAUCACAUACAAUUUGUGCACACAAUAAAUAUUCAAAAACACAUCACAUGCAGGAGAACUCACAGCUUCUACAACAACUCCUGUGAAGUGGACAAAGAGAAGAUUAAGCAGGUUUUGUGCACUCUCAAAGAGGAGAAUGUGAUUGGUUGGUAUCGCCAGCGAAGGAACACCAAUCAACAGAUGACUUUAAAAGAGCAGUUGGUUCAUCAGAAUUUGAGGAAGCUGCUGCCGUAUCAGGAACUCGUCUUCUUGCUGCUCACACCAUCUGAGGUGACGCUGUCGCACUCCACCCACCGCCUUGAGUACACAGCCUUCAUAUGGAACGGCAGUCAGUACAGUAGUAUUCCAGUCUCAGUGAGCAACCUAGGUACACUGGAGCAGCAGGACUACUGGAGAGUCUCCGCUACAUAUCCAUCUCUCAGUCACUCUCAAGCCAUCAAACAACACAGAGCCAAAUUCUUCUCUUCAGAGCACGAUCUCCGAGAGGUGGAGAAUGUCAACGCCAUGAACGAUGCCUUGUUAGAUGAGAUGAAGAGCGCAUGUGUGAAAGUGGAGAAGAGCGAGCGGCGAGUGGAGAAGCUACAGGCUGAGAUCGCUGAGCUCAGAGACACCGUCAGAGAACAGAGGAAGAGACAGCAAGACAGUGACGCCAAAGAAAGUUCUCCUCCUGAAAAACCUGAGGACAAUGUGCUGCUCUGUGCGGCUCUGAAAGCACUGUUCCCCAACACUCCGCCAUUACGCAGUCGUACUCUGAGUCUCGAGGGUUUCCCUGUACUGCACAUGUCUUGUGCUGAGGACCACGGUGUCGAUGUUCCCACCAGACUGCCACUGCUGCUGCUGCAGUGUGGUCACACAGCGAGGAAGAGGAAGAUGAGCUCAGAUUCCACACUGAAGGGGAAAUUUCAGUCCACAGGCAUCUCACGGAAAGGUAAAAAGAGGAAGGUGGACAAAGAGCCGAGUGAUCUGCCGUCCGAAAGCGAGUCCGACACGGAGGUGGAGGUGAGCAGCCCAAACCAAAGCAACUCCCCAGUGUUUUAAAGACUUUUUUAGAUGACAAGGAAUAAAACGCAGCCAGCAGAGUGGUUUGAUGAAGCAGAGCUACUGUUACCACCCUGCAUUUGAUCAUUUUCCUAUAACAGCACAUCAAUGAGUGUUUUUAUCCUCUUAUACCACUGCAGUUUUCCAGUCAUUGCAGUUGUUAAUUAUUAAAGAAUGACAUGCCAAAUUUUUUUAUUGUUUUAUAGUUACAUUCAACAUUGGGGAAUGUUCUCAAAACAAGGUACAGUUGUGGUCUGAAGUUUACGUACACAUACCGGUACAUGAAUGUCAUGGCAAUACUGGGCUAUCAAUAAUUUCUUUGAACUUUUCUUUUUCUGUAGCAAAAUGAUUGUAUAGUACAACAUAUCUUUUUAAUAGGGGGAAAAAAACCCAAGAAUUUGGUGCACAAGUUUUAAUUUGAGUUUUAUGAAAUCAAAACAGUCAAAAAUAUACAUACAGCACAGCUAAUAUUUGGUUAAACGUCCCUGAGCUAGUUUCACCUUGACCACUCUUUUGGUAGCCAUCAACAAGCUUCUGGCAGAAUUCUGGUUGGAUAUUUGACCACUCUUAUCUACAGAGUUGGUAGCGUUAAAUUAGUCUGCUUCUUGUCACAGACCUGACUUUUAAGCACAGUCCAGUCCACAUAUUUACCGAUAGGAUUGAGGUCAGGACUUGUUUGAAGCUUAGUGGGUCCAAGUGUCAACCGUCUAGCUGACUAUUUAAGGUUAUGCUGAAGAAUCCUGAGGUUCUUCGUUAUUCCGUCCACUUUGUGCAAUGCACCAGUUCCACUAACAGCAAAACGGCCCCAGAUGCUACCACCACUAUGGUGUUUUUUUUUUGGUACGCUGUACCUCUAGUCAUUGUGUCCAACCAACUUAAUCUUUGUAUCAUCUGACCAUAACUACUUCUGGAGGAAUUUUUUUUUUUUUUUGUCAGUGUGGUCAGCUGCAAACUUUAUUCAAGCUUGAAGGUAUUGAUUGAGCAGGGGCUUCUUUCUUGGACAGCAGCCUCUCAGUCCAUGACGAUGUAUAACUCCCUUGACUGAAGACAGUGUUCCAGCUUCCAGUUCAUUGUAGGCCUGUGGCUUGGGGGUUCCUGACCAUCCAAACCAGUUUGGGUCAUCUUCUAGCAAAGUGGCUACACAUCUCACUAACUAUUUAUAUACAGUUGUUUGAAUCCUGCAGUUAUUUAAAAAUUGCUCCAAGAGACCUUCCUGAGUUUUGUAACGAAGAUCCUCUUUCUCAGAUCUGCACUGAGCUCCUUGGACUUUCCUCGUUGUACUGCCAUUCCAGUGGGUGCUGUCAAACAAAAACCCUUUUUAUGUUGGCACAGUCAUCACUAACAGGAAGUUAAGAGGCCUUGGCAAGUUAAGACAUUUUGGACCACUGAAUUAAUAACCUAAGUGAGCGUAUGGAAAGUUUAGAACCUUUGUCGAUUUCAGAAAACCCAAAAUAAACUAACUUGUGCACCAAAGUCUUGUUUUUUAAAUAUGUUGUACAGUCAUUCCGCCACACAAAAGAACAGUUCAAAGAAAUAAUGAAAAGCCCAAUAUCACCAUAACAUUCAUGUCUGUGUAUGUAAACAUCUGACCACAAGACUGUUGUAGCAUACUUUUUUUUAUAUUUAAAAUGUAUACAAAAAUAUCUGCUUUGUGUCCACUGUUAAAGAAUCCUGUUUGUGUAAAUUCUUAAUGAUUUUACUUUUUUUUAAGACCCAUUUUUCAAAUUCCUGUUUAGCUUGUUCACAUGAAGCCCAGUGUAUGAAUAAAUUAAACAUCCACUUAAUCAGCAUGUGCCCUUAAUUCAUUAAAGAUAAAACUGCUAGCUGUUCAUCAGUUAUGAAAUGUUGUCUGAUUAAUAAUGAAGGAAUUGUCUAAUUGUCCAUUUAUAAGUGUAAUAAUGCACAUGUGCAUAUAGAAGAACAAUAUUCAUCACAUGCUUGUGAAAUUCCUCUCUGCAUUUAACCCAUCUGAAGCAGUGAAAACACACCCAGUGCAGUGGGCAGCCAUGCUAACAGCGCCCGGGGAGCAGUUGGGAGUUAGGUGCCUUGCUCAAGGGCACCUCAGCCCAAGGCCGUCUCAUAUUAACCUAACCACAUGUCUUUGGGCUGUGGGGGAAAUCCACGCAGACACGGGGAGAACAUGCAAACUCCGCACAGAAAGGCCCCCUGCUGGCUGCUGGGCUCGAACCCAGAAUCUUCUUGCUGUGAGGCGGCCAUGCUAACCACUUACACCAUGGUGCCACCUAUACAGUUCACAACUGAAUUCUGGAUUGCAAAAAAAGCAAAAUGGAGACAAAUUAAAAUUCAUAUCUGUACACUAAUACUAAUGAGUGGGCAAAAAUGAAUGCACUAUUCUGAACUAAUCUUCAGCUGUUACAACUAAAUUAAAUAUUCAUGUGUUGGAUGACAAUGUAGUUUUAAAUCAUUCAUAGAUUACAAAAUGUUUAACUGAAGAAUAUGAUGCAAGAUUUGAUCAAGUUAAUUGUGAAUGAAAUGAAAAUGUACUACUGUGGAAUCCAAACUUUGUUUGCCUUUUAAUAUUGCAAUGAGUAAAUAAAACGAGAGGGGAAAAAAAAAACAGGUUG